AUGCGUUCUGCUGUCAUCGUUGCCGCCUUGGCGGUCGGCACUUGUGCCAGAGUUAUUGAGAAGGAGGUUUACGUGACCCAGUGGACUACCACCACCGUCACCGAAACCAUCACCCAGUGGCCCACCAGCACCAGCACCCUCAACACUGCUGUUUUGGUCAAGCAGUCCACCAAGACCGCCAACGCCGCCCACCCCACUGUCGAUGUUUCCAGGAAGGAGGUCGAGUCUGCCCCUGCUGCGGCUUCGACUACUACUGCCGCCGGGGUUGAGGCUGUGGAACCCAGUAGCGCGACCAGCUCAACCUCGUCUUCGACCACCUCUUCGAUCGUCCCAUCUUCGACUACUGAGGCUGAAAUCGUGGCCGUGACCUCCUCGGCUACCUCCGUCGCUACCUCUUCGGAAGCCCCGGCCACCGUCGCCCCGACCACCACCGCCGCUGCUACCACCUCCGUCGCGACCUCUUCGGCAACCUCGACCACCGCCGCUGCUGCCACCUCCAGCUCUACCGACUCCUACCAGGAGUCCAUUCUGUACUACCACAACAUCCACCGUAGCGCGCACUCUGUAGGCGAUCUGACCUGGUCCGAUGACCUCGCCGGAGCUGCCAACACCCUCGCCUCUCGUUGCGUGUACGGACACGACACUUCCAUCGUGUCCGCCAGCGGAGACUACGGCCAGAACAUCGCCUACGGUUACGACGCGGCAGAGGUCGGUGAGAAGAUUAUCAGCGGAAUGAUGUACACCGAUGAGGCGCCAUACUUCGCCAACCUCUACGGUGAGGCCAACCCUGAUAUGACCAACUUCGAGAAGUGGGGCCACUUCACUCAGAUCGUCUGGAAAGCUACCACUCAAGUUGGUUGCGCCACCGUCAGCUGCUCUGACUUGGGCAAUGUUGGCAGCGCCGCGCCUUACACUGUCUGCAACUAUGGCUCCCCUGGUAACUACGCCGGCGAGUAUGCCGACAACGUCUUGAAGCCCACUUCAUAA